UGCGACGCGGCGCACAACCGAGGAAGCGCAGUGGAGAGCUGCCAAAAACAUCCGCUGGAGAGGAUGGCUAGCUAAAUAAGUUAACCUAGAAUAAGAUACCACUCCGCCAAGGCACCGUCGUUCUAGGCAUUACAUAGGUACCCAAGUGUGGACUUGUUUUCAGCAUUUCUUAUGUGACACACAAAAGAGGAUCCAUGUCUUUUCUUCGUUGGGUAACUGAGAAAUUGAGUGUGGAGAGCCUGCGGGAUUUGGAGUUAUUCGGAGAGCAAGCUCAGGGACUCUCUCACAGGAAAGCCCAUGAGGACAGCCAGGAGAGUCUGACCUCCCUCCCACGUCGGGACACCAUGGGCAGCUUCCUCCCUGACAGUGGCUCCUACGAGCUCCUCACCAUUAUAGGUCGGGGCUUGGACGACUUGAUGACAGUGAACCUGGCUCGAUACAGACCCACUGGGGAGCACGUAGCCAUCCGACGGAUUGACCUCGAGUCCUGCACCAACGACAUGGUUACAUACCUACAGGGUGAACUACACGUGUCAAAGUUGUUUCACCACCCCAGUAUUUUACCCUACAAGAGUGUCUUUAUAGCAGAAAAUGAGCUGUGGGUCAUCACCCCCUUCAUGGCUUAUGGGUCAGCCAGAGAUCUGAUCUGCACGCAUUUCACUGAUGGUAUGAGCGAGCUGACCAUCGCAUACAUUUUGCUGGGAAUGCUCAAAGCUCUGGAAUACAUCCACCACAUGGGAUACGUACACCGGAGUGUGAAGGCCAGCCAUGUGUUGAUUUCAGCAGACGGACAGGUCUGCAUGUCGGGUCUACGGAGCAUCUUCAGUCUGAUCCGUCAUGGUCAGAGGGCCAGAGUCGUCCAUGACUUCCCCCAGUACAGCGUCAAGGUGCUGCCCUGGCUCAGCCCUGAGGUGCUGCAGCAGAACCUGCAGGGCUACGACUCUCGGUCAGACAUCUACAGCCUCGGCAUCACAGCCUGUGAACUGGCAAAUGGACACGUCCCCUUCAAAGACAUGCCAGCUACACAGAUGCUGCUGGAGAAGUUAAACGGAACAGUGCCAUGUUUGCUGGACACCACCACCAUCCCACCAGAGGAACUGUCACUGAAACCGUCUCGCUCUGGGGCCGACUCUGGGAUCUGUGAGGGUCCGGUAGCUGGAGGUGUUCGCCACUCCAACGGAGAGCCCUCCUCAUCGUCCGGUGGGCAUCCAUACAACCGCACGUUCUCCCCACUCUUCCACGCCUUUGUCGAGCUGUGUCUGCAGCGAGACCCAGAAAAGAGACCGUCUGCCUCCACUCUCACAGGCCAUCCCUUCUUCAAACAGAUCAAAAGGCGGCCCUCGGAGGCACUGCCUGAGCUAUUACGGCCCGUGUCACCUAUCACCAGCUACGAGAGCUCCCAGCUGCAGGGCUCCCCAUCUGGACUGGCUAGUCUGGAGUCGGGUUUCAGCCACUUGGAGGUGGAUGAUUGGGACUUCUGACAGUGGAGGACUUUGGGGGGAGGCACUUGUAGGAUCCCGACAGGAAUCUCUCUGAGCAAACAGGACGAGAUCUGUUUUUGUAUUGGCCCUGAUGUAAAUAAUUCAAAUGUCAUCCUAAAAGGAAUUUGCUGUUCUCAGACAGAGGUUAAAAGCCAGCAGCCAUCUUGCCUCUUUUUGAUGUGUCUCGCACGCUUUGGUUCUCUACAUACGCACAGACGUUGCACUGCACUGACAGCCUCUCUCUCUUUAUUACUUACCAAACACACACACACUUACCUGUUUACAGAUUUUAGUCACACAUGGAGCCAAAACACGACUGGACUCCUCUAUUCCUCAUGCUGAGGUUUCCAGAGGAAGGUCCAGGAUCUACCUGUAGCCUAAACCUAAAGAUUCACAUCAGGUGAAUCAGUGGGAAGCUGCUACUAAAUAUUCAGAGGGGGCACUCUACCUCUUGUCUGAUCAUGCCCGCUUGAUGCGACCCAUCUGCUCGGUGAGACCACCAUAAGGGUGCACACGGGUCCUCUCUCAGCUCUCUCUACACCAUAUGGAAGGCUUUGACUUUGUCGUUGUUGUUUUUGAGGGUCAACUAAAUGAACAGCAUGUAUACAAAUUUCUUAGCUCUUUGCCUGCGCUAUAGUGUAAACUACAUCUCAUGCUUUACGCAUCACUUUUGUUGCACAGAGGUCUGGCAUAAUGUCUGUUAGGUUUAACCUUCAAAGCAUAGAAGUUUGUAUUUUCUUGAACUUGGGUGUGAUGUUACUUCUGUCAAACGUGAAUGUUACAUUGGUGCUUGUUUUGUCUGCUUGUACAUUUGAAAGUGAGGGCAAAGCAAAGUGUUGCAAAUGUCAAACUUGAGUUUUAACAAUAAACAUUGUUACUUUGA